UUUGUUUUUUAUUCGCAUUCUAUUUUUGCGUGUGACGGUUCUGUCCGGAAAAUAAGAUUUUAUUUUGUUAACUUUUCAUGAUUAUCGUUAAAUUGUCGGCAUUUUGAUAUUUCCUGGCAAUAAAAAACGCAAGUAUCAUGCAGAACGGGGAAGAAACGCCGGCGGCUACAGAAACAGCAAAUACGCCGCAGCCCGAGGAGGUGACGAAGCAAUCGUUCCGUAUCAAAGUAUGGCGUCACUUGGAGACCAACGGGCUGGCUAUGUUCCCCCGUCCUGUGUACAACCGCAUCCCUAACUUCAAGGGGGCACAAGAAGCGGCCGUUAAACUGGCCGAAUUGGAUGUAUUCAAGAAUGCAAGUACGGUGAAAGUGAAUCCCGAUAAGCCGCAAGAGCCUGUGAGGGUGCUGUGCCUGGAACAGCAGAAGACGCUGUACGUACCGGUGCCGCGCUUGCAGAACGGUUUCCUCAACCGCCUGGUGUUGCCCGAGGGGGAGACCGGCCCGGCCGCCAUCAGGAAAGCUGUUUCCAGAAACGGAAUGGAGACUUAUGGACAGCCGUUGUCCAUUGAAGAUUCCGUUUCCUUGGAUCUGGUUGUGAUGGGUUCAGUCGCUGUGUCCAAAGAAGGAUAUCGCAUUGGGAAAGGAAGAGGCUACGGCGACCUAGAGUUUGGACUGAUGAUGCACAUGAAAGCGAUAAACCCAGACACCCUGGUGGUGACCACAGUGCAUGACUGUCAGGUAUUCGACACACUCCCGGCGGAAUUGUUUGGACCGCACGAUGUUCCUAUAGAUAUUAUUGUGACGCCGACACAGGUGAUCGAAACCCAACGUAUGAGCUCGCGUCCAACUGGCAUUCUGUGGCAUUUGCUGUCGAGCCGGCGCGUCCAACAGAUGCCGGUUUUGGGACAACUCAGGGAGAUUGAGAUGCUGGCGGGGCGCGCGUGCACGCUGAAGGAGGUGGACACGGACAUGGAGGAGCGCGGCGCCGCGCGCGCGCGCCGCCAGCGCCGCCGCACGCGCUCGCACAAGAGCCACAGCGAGGGCGAGGGCAACACAACGGAAGGCGAGGAUGGCAAGCCGAAGUCGCGUCGGUCGGCGCGGCGCCGCAACAGCCACAAGUCGGCGAGCAAGGACGGCAAGGAGAGCGACUCCAAGGACCAGAAACCCAGGCGCCCGAGACGCCCUAGACCUGUUAUCGAUUUCUCUGUUAAAAUUUCGAACAUCAGUCCCACGACGCGUGUGCGCGACCUGAAGCAGGCGCUCACCGAGCGCGGCGUCAAACCGCAAAUGAUGACUUGGAAGGGCUUCCGCGGUUUUUGCUAUCUACAUUUCUACAAAUCGGGACCACAAAAGGGCGAAGGUGACAACAUCCAAGCGCCUAACAUGGAGAGCGUCAUUAGCGCUCUGUCUCAAAUGUGUGUCGGUGGUACGGGUGAACAAACGAACGAAAAACCGCGUUUAUUGAACGUGGAACCCGCGCCGCCGCGCAACGCGCCGCAGGCCACACCCACUGAGCCGCCGGCCGCUGAGGUGCACUAAUACAAAACGCAAGGCAACGACAGCUCGAUACCACACAAGUCGCACGCAAUUACGAACGUUGGUCGCUUUCAGCACGCGAAGGAAUCGUUGCAUUCCGAUACUAAUUUGUUUAGAGUUAAGGUUGAUUUUUCUUUGGCGUCCGGCCGUUUUGAUGCACAGUUUGUUUAUACUUUGUUAGUGUAACCCGAUUAUGUUUUGCUUGCUAAUACUGUAUAGAGCCCAAACAAUAGAAAAUCUAUCGAAAAUUGUUUUUUUAAGCUAAUAUGAUUAUAUCGUUCUAUAAAA